AUGUCUGAAGAAUACCAAGAGGACCAUCCUUUCUCGGAUGAGAUGGGCUUCAUGACACAGAAACCUUCUUUUUUCAAUCGUCUUCGAUUUCGCCUACGCUCUAGGCUACCACGACUCACGUUGCUCAAGAAGAUUUGGAUAGCGCUUUUCCUUCUGUUUGUUAUUCUUCUAGUGGUAUCGCUUAAGAUUAGACUGAAGCGUGCUAGAAAGAACUUUGACGAUGGCAUUGAUGUGCCAGACUAUAAUAACAUCAAGGAUAGACGCCUAGGCAUGAAAGACCUAAGUUCUAGGAUUGACUUUCCUUUCGAGGUUGGUUGUCGAGUGCCUGAUGUUGAUGCUCCUCGAGCGAACGCUUCGUUUGUGAUGCUAGCUCGAAAUUCAGAACUAGACGAUGUGGUGAGCUCCAUGGACUCGCUAGAGAGACACUUUAAUCAGUGGUUCAACUAUCCAUGGAUUUUUCUUAACGACGUCGAGUUCGACGAUAUAUUUAUUCAAACGGUUAAAAAGCAUACUAAAGCCAAAUGUGAAUUUGGCACCGUUGCCCCAGAAAAGUGGAACUUCAGUCCUGAUAUAGAUAAGGAUUUACUUAAGGAAAGCAUAGAGAGCCAGGGCGAUCGGAAGAUCCUCUACGGCAGCAUGGAGUCUUACCAUAAGAUGUGCAGAUUUUACUCUGGUGAGUUUUUCAGGCAUCCGCUUGUUCGUAAGCAUGAAUGGUACUGGAGAGUGGAGCCUGAUGUCAAGUUCUUUUGCGACUUGACAUACGACCCGUUUAUUGAAAUGGAGAAGCAUAAGAAGAAGUACGGAUUUACCGUCGCAAUCACAGAAAUCUAUUACAGUGUUCCUUCGCUAUUUUCUGCCACGAAGACAUUCAUCAAGGAAAAUGGCAUCAAGGUGGGCACCGCAUGGGAGGUUGCCGUCAAGCGCUUUAAAACUUUGAAUGGCAAGAACGCGGAUAAAUAUAAGAACUACGAGAGUUUGACAAAAGAAGAGUUUGAAGUGGCUGUCGAAAAUGAGCUUAACUUGAGGACUCUUCUUGGAAAGAAGGGUAAGACAGACAAGGAUUUGGCGGAUGUCAAAGAUUUCGAACAUAUACGCGAUAUUUUCGACGAAGCCAGGGAGAAGCCAAAUCUUCAUUUGGACAAGUUCGAUGAUGAAGAGUAUAGUCUAUGCCACUUCUGGUCAAACUUUGAGAUUGCACGUACCGAUCUCUUCCUUUCCGAUGAGUACCAAGCAUACUUUGAUUAUUUGGAAAGAGAUGGCGGUUUCUAUAAAGAAAGAUGGGGAGAUGCGCCAAUUCACUCCCUUGCGGUCGCCAUGCUUCUCAACAGAGAAGAAUUGCAUUAUUUCCGUGACAUCGGUUACAAGCAUACGACCAUGGGCCACUGUCCCAACAACGCACCUGGAAAACAACUUCCGUACGUACCAGCACAGAAACGGUUCACCCCUAGAAAGGAUAGCACAUGGACGAGCUUUUUCAAAAAGAACACACCGGAUGCUACAGCUAGGAAUGGAGUUGGGUGUCGAUGUGAGUGUCCUAUAGGCCAUAAAGACGUGGAGGACUACUCUAGUACUUGCAUAAAACGGUAUUCAUACGUGAUGUCCGAUUCAUUCAAAGAAACCACAGCAUUCGACCUUGACAAAACUGAGCAUGAGGUCAGCAGGAAGAUUGACCGAUACUUAAAGCUUGGAGGCAAGUUUGCCAAGCACUCAGUGCAAAAUGUAUAA